UGCACAAUAUAUAUUUUUCCUUUUAUCUUAUUCUAUUGUUGCAUGAAGUUCAUUAAUUCUUUGAACGAAAUGAAUGAGAAACAUAUAAAUAACUAGAGAUAUAAUGUAUAUAUGCAGAUAUUCCAAUAUAUUAGGGAGAUAAACGAAAUAACGCACAUGCUACAUUUCGACAGAAAAUUAGAUUAAGUUUUUCUGAUGAAGAAAAUUAUUGAUCACCGUUAAAAGUUUCUUCAAUUCGUUGUAACUGUUGCUCUUGUUAUUGUUAUUAAAUUAAUUUAGUGCAAUAGUACUCAAAUCAAUUCAAAAACGUUCAUUCCUCUGGUAAGCAUAGCAGACACAAACGUUUUUCAGAUAUAUGUCACUUCGUAUCAAAAAAAAGAAAAAGAACAUUAAUUUUAAUAGAAUAUAUGAAUGAAAAGAAUAUUUAAAAAUGUGUAUCAGUACAAUAUUCAAAGACUGUUGACGUUGGGAAAAAUAUACAUAUUUCAUCAUUCAAAGUAACCAUAAAUAUUGUAGGUAUAGGUAUACAUACCAGAACAUUAGCGCAAGAUAUUAAACAUUAUUGGAAAAUUUCGACAAUGUUUUUCAUUCAACAUUCUAAGCAAUAUUAUCCUGAAGUAGUCUGGAAAUCAUUUCCAUCAAUGCGAUCAAAGAAACAAUAAAUCACUAUGCCACAGGUAUUGGAAGAUUCAUUUAUGCUAACUCUUGAUAUUAUGAUAUUAUGAAAUUUUUUUAUGUUUUCUAGUUAUCAGUAAAAAAUGCAGUGAACAAAAGUUCGUUCGAUAUGGCCAUCUGCGAGCAAAGUAUCGUUACGCUCAGAGGAAUAAAUUCAUUAGAAACUUAAUAAUGAAGUUUUCCACAAUAAUUUUCGCAAGUCAUAUACAUAUGUGCAAGUGUGUAUUGACUUAUUGAAUUAAAUAUUACUCUCGAAGCAUUACAUACGAGUAGAUUACAUUGCACAUGCUUAUAUGUUAAUUCAUUCUUUUCUUAAAGAUAAAUUAAGUAUCUGAAACACAACUUCUAAUUCAUCUACAUAACUUUAUAUUAGCAUUAAUAUAUUACGCAAUAGUCAUAUUUAAAGUAAAUAGUAUGUUUCGAGUGGAAAACUUAGCAUGCAAAAUGAGAUAUAGAAAUUUGACCAUCUUUAUCCCCGACUGUCAAUUGUCUCAACGCAGAAUUUAAGGCUCCGGAUGGCUUACCAUGAUGACUACGUAGGUAUUCAAAGAACAAAGUGUUUGAUUCUAGAUUUUAAACAAUGGUUAAUUUGAGACAAUAAUUAAGAGAUAAAGUUGUAAUGGUUCUUGAUGAAAUGAUUGACGAAAUAAUAACAAAUCUUUGAAUUUUAGAUUCAAAUAGAUUAGAACAGAAUAAUGGAACAUAUCUCAUAAUAGCUUUAUCUCAUAAUAUCUUUUUCAAAAAAAUUUAAUGACAUUGUAGCAUAUUGGAAUUGAUAUAAAGUAUUGUAAGAUUGAAAACUUAAAAUCUUUUUCCAUUCUAGGAAUCGUCUGCUUUUCAUCCCCAAUUUUGUAUUUUCUUACACAAUUUUGUAUUUACUGUAUAUUCUCUCUAGAUCUCCAGGGCAAUAUCUGGUGGAGUUAAUUGUGUCACGAUUAUGGAUAUUUUUCUCUUUUUAAGCAGUAUAGUACAGUUAGUAUUCAUUAUUAAUGUGUAUUCAACGAAAAUCAGAAAUUCUUUUAUAUUCCGUAUACUGUGGAAUGGUAUAAUUUAUCAUUAUCAAUACAGAAAUUGCUACUUUUUAUUAUGCAAGGAAACCAUCACUCAGCAGUUAUUAAAUUUCUAUGGUAUAUGGGUACCUACGUUCGAAAAUUUGAGCACGCAAUUCAAAUUAUGUUGGUCCUUCUUUAUGCUAUUGUAUUUCACUCAGAAAUAAUGACAUCGACACAGAAAUAGCACAUUAGUGGACCAUACGAAAACAUGAUAUACAGUUGAUAUACGUUAUGAUUGCUACUAUAAGAUACUUUAUAUUAACUUCGCACGAAUUUGGAAUGUGUUAGAAAUAAUGCACCGGAAUAAAAGUAUACCUAGAGUUCAUUUAUUACGUAAAAAGCAUGACUAAAGUUGUCAUCUUUAAAUUAAGUGCGCCUCUUUACCGAAAA